AUGGCUUCCACCGACCAGUCACCGGGUCCGACACCGGCGAAGGGAUCACCAUCGGACCCUACUCCUGGGGCGCCGAUGUCUACAGGGCAGAAGGCGAUCGACACGGGGGCAGAGAUGAUGCAGACUCUGAAGCCGAUCAACCAGUUCAGCCUGCAUGCAUGCAGCUUCGGAAUUUUCAGCCACGAUAUGAGCCGGCAGAUCGAGACCCAUCACUUUUGCUCCCGCCUUUCCCAGGACUUCGUCCAAUGUGCAGUCUACAGCUCCAACGAUCGCAAAGCCCGUCUCGUCGGUGUGGAGUAUAUUGUUCCUGCUAAUAUAUUUGAAACUUUUCCACCGGAGGAGCAGAGGCUUUGGCAUUCUCAUGCUUACGAGAUAAAAUCCGGGAUAUGGGUGAACCCCAGAGUUCCUGAGAUGAUCGCAAAGCCAGAGCUUGAAAACUUCGCCAAAACUUACGGCAAGUUCUGGUGCACGUGGCAAAUUGAUCGAGGGGACAAGCUGCCAAUGGGGGCCCCAGCACUGAUGAUGUCCCCACAAGCUGUGAGUCCUGGGAUUGUGAGACCAGAGCUGGUGCAUGAGAGGGAUGCCAAGUACGGCAUAUCUUCAGAGAGACUGCAGAGCCCAAGGAUGGAGAUUGAAGAGCCUGAGAUGAUCAGUCCCAUUGCAGAUUAUUGGAAGCAACAUGGCAAAGGGUUUGCCAUUGACUUUGAAGAGACUGAAAUGAAACGCAAUGCACCUUUUCCUUGA